AUGCUUGUUCAGAAAGACAGUGGAGAGAUUAAAGCUAUGGCCAGUGGUAUUGAUAUCGACAGUGAUCAAUACAAGAAGACUACUUACUCCAAUGAUACAAGAACGAAUUCGGGAUACAGUCAUUCAAUAACAGAUGAAGAAGUUCAGAUUCAAAUAGUGGUGGAAUCCAUCGAGAAUGAAAUAAAACAGGUGCCUUCCUCACCAGCUAAGUAUGCUAUAUACCGAGUUCUCAAGCCACUACGCGAAGUAAAGCCAGAAGCCUACACACCACGCUUGGUCUCCAUUGGUCCUUUUCAUCAUUUCAGCAAACACUUAAGGCCCAUGGAAGCACAUAAGUUGCGGCUUCUAAAAUAUUUUCUAGACCAAAGAUCUCAUACAACCUUGCCUGAUUGUGUGAGAGAGAUGAGGAAGAUAGAAAAUGAAGCUCGCCAAUAUUAUUCAGAAGUCAUUACACUUAAAAAAGAUGAAUUUGUGAGGAUGUUGGUGAUCGAUGGCUGCUUCUUACUUGAACUAAUCAUCGGGUGGGAAGAUCGCAGGCAGGAUCUUGAUGAACCUAUAUUCAAUGAAAUAUGGAUGCCUCAAAUUAUACGUGAUCUGUUGUUGCUUGAAAACCAGCUUCCCUUCUUUGUCCUCAAAAAUUUAUACAUGCUAUACAGAAAGGAUGAUGAUUCAAUCUACCGUCUUACCGAAACCUUCUUAAGGGAUUUCUUGCCACAGUCCUCGUUUAUAAUUCAUAAAGGAUCCAUACCACAGCGCUUUUGUAAUUGGGUAGAGAGUAUCUUCCAUUCAUCACCAUCAGAAUCAAAGAAAGACCGGAGAGAGUUUCUUGUUAACAAAUCUCUUUCUUCUGAUGUGCUAGGUUCUCCUUCGGAAUUGAAGAUUGACUCGGGAGAGUCACCAGAUACAUCUCCUUUUUUUCGUCUAAAGCCUCAGAUUCCACAAGGUGGAGCAAGUCAUUUGCUUGAUUAUGUUCGAUAUUUGCUAGUUUCAGAUGAGUCAAAGGUAGGUGAUAAUAAGCAGCCGCAACGAAUCUAUUGUGCAACAGAGCUCAAGAAGGCCACUGUCAAGUUUGCAAAGAGCAACACGACACUCUUCUCGGACAUAACUUUUAAGGAAGGUGUGUUGAGAAUCCCAGCUAUACAUAUAGAUGACUUGACAGAGUCUCUGCUCCGAAAUCUCAUAGCUUUGGAGCAAUCUCACCGAUAUGAUGCUAAAUAUGUUACAGCUUAUGCAGUCUUCAUGGAUGACCUUAUCAACUCUCCUGAGGAUGUGAAGUUACUGCAAGAUGAAGAAAUUUUGGAGAACCUGAUAAACUUGGAAGAUUUGGCUGCUUUGUUUCACAAAAUUCUAAUAGAGGUUACACAGCCUAAUGAACUUUGCUUCUCCCAUAUUUACUGUGAACUGGAUAGUUAUUACAAUAACCCAUGGCACAAACUUUUGGCAAAAGUUCAUCAACAUAUGGGAAGUUUGAAAAGCAAAUAUUUCAAGAAUACUUGGUCAUUCAUUUCAUUUAUUGCUGCAACUGCUCUCCUUGGCUUGACCAUCGCACAGACUGUUGCUUCUUUCAUGAAUUCACAUUAAGGGAACUGAAUUCUGCCAUGAAUUAUUUUGUAAGAU